CUUUUAAUAUUCAAGAUGGCGGCGCCCGAAGACAACCUCAAUGAAAUUCAACUUGGAGUUUUAUCUCAUUUUCAGGACAUAACAGGAAUGGAAGAUGUUGAUGAAUGUACAGCAAUACUAGAGAGACAUCAAUGGGACAUCGAAACUGCUGUACAAGACACAUUUAACAAGGCAGAGGGAGCAGCGACAGUAUUCCAUGAAGAACCGAAUGAGGUGGAUAGCCCACCAUUAAAAAAUGGCACUACUGGAAGUUCUAAUGUUGUUGCUGCUAACACUGAAAGAACUGAUCAAGCAGUAGAUGUACACAGGCCAAACAUGGGAUGGUGUAAUUGGAUGUUUUCUAUUCUACUGUUACCAUUUAGGUUCACCUCUAGUGUAGUUACCAAUGUCUUCAGUUUUAUAAUGACACUAGUCUGGCCAUCUUUCUACUACCCCCGUAGAACUGCUUUAGAUGAUGUAUUGCACUUUAAAAAGGAGUUUGAAGAAAAAUAUGGCACAGUUCAUCCUAACUUCUACCAAGGCACCUAUAGCCAGGUGCUCAAUGACGCUAAAAGAGAACUGAGGUUUGUUUUAGUUUACCUUCAUUCUGAUGACCACCAGCACACUCCUGCAUUUUGCAGAUCUACCAUGAUGAAUUCUGGGUUUAUAGAGUAUGUUAAUGGAUGUAUGUUAUUCUGGGCUGUCGAUGUCCGUUCAGCUGAAGGAUAUAGAGUGUCAAAUGCUCUUCGUGAAACUACGUAUCCAUUUUUAGCACUGAUUUGUUUGAGAGAUAACAGAAUGACUGUUGUAGGAAGGAUGGAAGGUAUAAUGCCUGUUGAUCGAUAUGUAUCGAUAUUAGCUCAACUAGUUGCUGAUAAUGAACCAGCUCUUAUUGCUGCACGAGUAGAAAGACAAGAAAGAAGUCAGACCCAAACACUAAGAGACGAACAGGACCAAGCUUACCACGAGUCAUUAAAAGCCGACAAAGAAAAGGAGCGACGCAAACUGGAAGAACAAGAAAAGAAAAGAAAAGAAGAAGAAGCAAUAAGAUUAAAAGAACAAGCUUCACAAAACAAAUUGGAGUCAAUAGCUCGUUCACGGGUCGAGAAAAGAGAGCAACUACCUGAAGAACCUAGCCCUAGUGACCCUGAUGUGUUCCGUGUACUCGUACGACUUGCUAACGGAACACGUCUAGAAAGAUACUUCUUAAAAUCACACAAACUACAGACAUUGUAUGACUUUGUUUUUUGCAACGAAGAGGCUCCUGCUGAAUUUCGCCUUAGUUCUCCAUUACCCAAGAAAGUAUACGAACUUAACAAUCCAGAUUACACCUUGGAAGAUGUCGGUAUUUGUUCUUCUGUUACCCUCUAUGUACAAGACACUACUGAAGACAGUGACAGUGAUUGAACAGACAGACAGACAGACACUUGUGAUGAUGCCUUGUUACCUGUGCUUCUGUCACCCUCGACAUACAAGACAUUAGUUAUUUGAUAGUGAUAGUACAGUAAUGAAACAGAUUUAAUGACAGACAGACACUCAUGAUGACUCGCAAACUUGUGCCACCCUUUGUUUACGGAAGACAGAAGAUCAGUAACUUGAUUUAACCAUUCUUGGCUUCCAACUACGUCAUCGAACAUUUUCCGAAGACUUAUAUACAACAAAACCUCCACAAACCGAAAGAGCAGCUAAAACUGUAAAAUAAAAACGCCUUAUUUCAAUCGAA